AUGGACUGUGUCGUCCGAGCUUGGCUUCGCGGCACCAUCUCCGAUGACCUGAUCGACUCCAUCUCCGAGCGCCACGCCACUGCUCGCACACUGUGGCUCGCCAUCGAGUCCCAAUUUCUCGGUAAUCGAGCCACACGUGCCCUCUACGCCGACGCCGACUUCCGUGCUUUUUCUCAAGGAGAUCUUCCUGUUGCCGACUACUGCCGCCUCUACAAACGGAAGGCCGAGAACCUCCGGGAUCUCGGAGAGCCAGUCUCUGAUCGAACCCUUGUUUUGAAUAUCAUCUGCGGCCUCAGUGAGCGAUUUGCUGCCAUCGGACUUCAACUUCGCCACACAAAUCCACUGCCAACUUUUCUUCAGGUGCGUGAUGACCUUCGCAUGGAGGAACUGACCAUGGCAAAAGCUGCUCCUGCUACUGUGCUCCUCACCACCAACACCAAGGGGGCUCCUUUCAGUGGCACCAAAGGCUCAGCCCCCUUCUCACCGCAGCGACAGGGCUCCAACAACGGCGGUCACAAGCGUGGCAAACGCGGUGGCAAGCGUUCUUGCGGCGGCGGCAACGGCAACAGCUUCGUAGGCAGUUCCGGGGGCGGCCACACCAAUAGGGGCGGCCACAACAGCGGGGGCGCGCCUAGCGGGGCUGCCUCCUCCGCUUCUGGUCCCUUCAGCGGUGGUGGGCAGCGACUAGGGUUCUGGCCCUCAUACCAGAAUCCUUGGUCUGGCUCCCACAUGUGGCCCGGUGCCCAGGGACCCCCAGCACCCCUUCCACCACCCCCUAGAUUUCACCAGCAGCAGCAGGCGCUCCUGGCCGGUCAGUGGGCCGGCCAGCGGGGCGUCCCUUCUCCCGCUCUGAUGUAUGGGCCUCCCGAGGGCGUCUCCUCCAACGCAGGCUGGGAUCAGCAAGCUCUGGCCGCUCAGUUCCAGACGAUGCAGCUCCAACAGCCCGCACAACUUGACUGUACUAAGAUGUAUUAUGAUCUUAAGGAGCGUUUCUGGUGGCCCGGGAUGAAGCGUUCAGUCGCCGAGUAUGUGGCCAUCUACGACACAUGUCAGCGUGUGAAGGCAGAGCAUCAGAGGCCAGCCGAAGAUUUUAUCUGA